CUGACAAGAAAACUAAACAAGGAUUUUGCUGGGUUCGAAUCGCUUAACACGAUAAAAAUGUUUUCAAAAUACGCGUCAAUAUUAUGAAAACAAGAUGAAAGGUUUGAAUUUGGUUGUUUCUUCAUUGUCCAAAAGACCUCCGCGGCGCAAUUGUUUACUUUUGUCGGGGAGAGUGUGAAGUUUUAUUGUGGGAUACGAUUAUCGAACGAAUGUGCAGAGAGACAACGCAUUUCAAUGAACGCUGUGAUCGUUUGUCAGCCACAAAACAAUUAUUAGAAGAACAAUUGGGCUAAUUGAGUCAACAAGCAAUAUAAUUCUAUCUAAACACUGAUAAAUCGUGCCAGCGGAACCACAGACUCUUGACUACAAACUUUGCGAAAAAAUAAGCCCGGAAUGCAGAGUCGAGAAAGCAUCGGUUACUUAAAGGCGCCCGAACCUCAGUUUGAGUGUUCAAACCACGCGAAUCGGUGAUAUCGGGGUGUACAUGAAGUGGAGUGGCCUCGCCGAUGUCACUCACUUUCAAUCACGUGCAAUCUAGCUUAUUAAUCUGAGGAAAUCACAAGUCAAUGGUAAAGUGACGAUAUUAGGUUAUAAAGGACAAAUACGUCCAAGGGGGGGAGCUGGAAACAAGCAAAUCCAGCUAUAGAACAAUGAAAAUAAUAAAUAUUGUCCCUGGUGCCUGUUUGUUUUCUGUUCAAGUUGGCGUGAGGUUGUUUGGGUUGUCGGCAAAGAUUGUGACGUAUUCACUUUCUCACGCUUUUGUAUUCUGUGAACCAGCGACCAGUGUUGAGUCGAGGUUCGCUACGAUGGGACGCGUGAUGUGUUUCUUAGGAAUGGCAAUUUUGAUUUUAUUAUUUGUGGCCCAAUGCGGUGCGGCGUCGGAUUCCGAAACAUUAGUUUUGAGACCGAUUGCUAGUGAAUAUCAACACGUAUCUACCAAGGCUGGAGGCUGCAACUUUGGGUUUCUGCACUACGAUAUUGGUGACAGCUGGCAUCCGGACAUUACCCCAUUUGGAGUCAUGUUCUGCCUCAUAUGCACGUGCAAUAGGAUCCCAAACAUACUGACAACAGGAAAAGUGACAUGUCGUAACAUACGACACCGCUGUCCAACAACCGCGUGCGCGAGGCCUAAGGUCGAACCAGGACAUUGUUGUCCGUCCUGUCCGGACGAGUUCAUAUCGUUGCUGACGACACCCGGAGCCUCAGUUUCCCGCCAAAACGGUCUCGGGCGUGCGCACUUCACACUUGUGCGGAACACGCUCAGCAUUUCAAUUCGCUAUGAGGGGCAAAGGAAACUUCGCAUGGCGUCCUUUAUGGAUACAGAAGGUUCGGUGGUUAAGGAGAUGAACAUUCAACGCAAAUCGAUAAAUGGAUCCCAGGUAUGCCUUGUAUGGAAUCAACUGAAUAACAAGCAGAUCGAAUCCCUCAAACAAGGAAAAAUUAGUUUCGUAUUGAAGCUCAAACGCCAGCAAGCAGCAGGUUUAAAAGGAGACAUUGUACUGCACAAAUCCUACUCGAAAGAGAGCUUUGAGGCGUUGUUGUCAUCUGACGAUGAGACAUCCAGUGCUCUGGCAUCUUUCGACUUGGCCAAGAGCGGAAAACUUCUAAGGAUAUAUCUUCGUUAUAGUGGAUCUCACACUGUAGGUUCAGCAACUCAGGUUACCAUCAAAUUAGUAAGAACGCCCACUAAUAACAAAGGUGCUCGUGUUGUGAAAGUCAUCAGCACGUCACAAGUGAAGCAAGAGAAUUCGGUUUUUAAAACGUCAUGGGCAAAUCCAGCUCAGCAUGCUCUGAAGUGGCUGUCACGUGGUAAUUUAGACAUCACAAUGAUACUGAACACCGCUGACCAAUCAACUAAACUCACUGGUCGAAUAGGCAUCAAAAGAACUUGCAAUACCAUCGUUUGUCAGCUUUCUGGCCGAGAAGCCCCUAGGCCGACAAUGACAGGAGCCAGCGGCUAUGCCUCUUUUGAAUUCAUUAACAACGGUAAAAUACACUACCAGAUUUUUCUGUCGGGACUUAUACAUAAUGUGACGCAGAUCAGUCUUCAAGCAACAAACCGCAGGCAAAACGUUAAAAGACUUUCUCGACUUAUAACCGCUGAUGAAUACGGCCGAGCCAAGGUAACAGGCGUUUGGGAGAGACCAUCGUUUACAGAAAUCUGCUGGCUUUUCGGUGGAGACAUGUUCAUCAAUGUUCGAACGACGGCCAACACGAUUGGCGAAUUACACGGGCAACUAAAGCAGUUUACCUUCCGGGGACACCAUAUGUCAUAUCAUGAUCCACCGAUUAUGUUGUCUGGUAACGAAGUGGUCCCCAGGAUUCAGACGGGUGCCGCCGGGCAGGCCUGGUUCUCACUAGACAAAAAUUGCGCGUUACACUAUCACCUGAUGUUCAGCGGCAUGGACCGCGGGCGACGGAACUUAAUGACUGCGGAACUCCAGGGUUUUGCGGAUUAUGGCGAAGUUCCUCAGCCGUAUAAUGAGCACGUGCACUUCUUACGGUCCUUUGAAGGAGAAACGGUUUCUGGAUUUGCACGCAACCUCGAUUUUGUGUUCCUCGACAAUCUCGUCCGCGGAUUGGUUUAUUUGCAAGUGAGCAGUGAGGAAGUCCCGCAGGGUGAGCUGAGGAGCCAGGUCAUGGUCAACAGCGAUAUUUGUAGGAAGCGGUUUCCCGAUUUACAGCAGGGAGUCGAGAUGGAUGGCUGGUGUUUCCAUGGCAACAAAGAUUACUAUAACGGGCAGACCUGGAUUUCUGAAGAUGACAAAUGUACCUCGUGUACUUGUGAGAACUCCGAAAUCGUUUGUUCUCCACUCGAAUGUCAGCGGUUAAACUGCACAGAGGCGCCUAUAUUACUACCUCAUUUAUGCUGCCCGGUUUGUCCAGCCAUUGAGGAAAAAGUUGUCAUAUACUACGAGAAGAAGAAUAGACCAUCCAUGAAAGGAUGCUACGUGAAAAGAGACAGGAAAGUUUACCCAGCAGGAGCUGUGUGGCAUCCGUUUGUUCAGCCGUUUGGUUACAUGAGAUGUCACGCCUGCACUUGCCUGGCAAAAUCAGAGGAGAUAACAUGCACCAAAGUUAAAUGUCCAGAUCUUCAGUGCAAAAAUCCGAUCAAAAUGCGCAUGACAGACUGCUGUAUGCGCUGUCCUGAUGAAGAGGAUGAGCAAUCAGAUGACAGCAAAGUCCCGAAAAAAGGGUGCAACUUUCGUGGAAAUGAGUACAAACACGGUCAAACAUGGAAGCCAUUUAUCCCGCUGCUCCCUUCCAGAUGUAUCACGUGCAAGUGUGAGAAUGGAAAAACGAAAUGUAGACGUACCCAGUGUCCUAAAGGACAAUGCAGAAAUUCUAUUGACGGCGCUUCGAAAAGUUGUUGUGUGCCAUGCUCAGGAUCUUGAGACUGAUUUCAGCUUCAAAUAAUUCGUUGUAAAUAAGAAGUAGGAGUGAGACAGUGAGAAGUCCAGAGGCCCGGACUCAAAGGAAAUUAAAGUUUCGGUGGACGAGGUCCCCCGCUGCAACUCUUCGCGUACCAAUUCUGACGGGACGGGGCAUACGAGUUCUGAUGUAAAGAAAAGGCGACAGAAGCCGGAUCAAGGAAGCAAGACGAACGAGCCACAGCUGUCUAGUUCUUAUGCCCCUCGAAAGAAAAAAAAGGGAAGAAAACUAAACCGGGCGAAGUGGCGGUAUCUAGAAGUGCGCUAAGAAAUCGAGGGAGAAAAUGUGUUGGCGAAAAUGUUUCCCUUCACGGUCAACAAAAAUGGAAGUGGUCCAGGCCUCUCCCCUUGAUCUGCUAUUAGAUUAGACGGCAGGAAAGAGCUCUUUAUUGUCUCGCUUCAACGCGCAAUGUUGAAUUCAGUUAGUGAACACAAGUCGAAAAUGAUGUGCGCAAAUUUUAUAUUCAUUUCAUGUUCGUUGAAUCUUGCGCGCAACAGUUUCAAGAUCGAAACUAUGAUGCAUUAUGAUUACAUAUAUGUGUGUCUUUGUUCAGUUCUGGGCCCCUCUUUGUCACGCAACGCUACGCUCGUAGCGUUGCGUGACAGAAAGAGAGCUAGGACUGGACUUUCAUGUUUGUAGACUAAGUCAUCCAGAGCGCAUAACACAACGGUCUUCAGCUGCUACAAUAUUACUGACGAAUAGGUACAUUCCAGUGUGAACAGAAACAUUGAACAACACCAACAACUUAAUUCUUUUGUAAAUUGUACAAGAAAUCGAACAGAUCUUUUGAACAGUGAUUUAAAUUACAGUAACCCACUGUAGUGUAAAGAGGGGUUUGUACAGUACCCAAACUGCUAGGUUACAUCACAACCUGUGAAAUAGUUUGACAUUAUCGUUAGUUAAUGAUAACACACUGAAGGUAGGCCCCAGUCUCUUUCCCAGGCAAUUGUUCCCUUACUGUAUUCACCAGUCUCCCUGCAUGCAAAAUACAGAAGCAAGAGCCUGGAAACAAGACUGAUGAUCACUUUCGCUUCUGAAGGCCUCUCAGAGCUUCAUACAUGGUUUCUCAAAAUUUCUUCCUUGUUCCCCUUUAGUAAAUUCCAUUGCUCCCUGAAGGGCCUAAAGCUUUUGUCCAAAGUUCCCAUUAAUAGUAGAGAUAUCUGUUGUUCCUUCAAAUAGACCAUGUUACAUUUGUCUGUUCAGUGACCUAGCCUUUGUAUGGUAGCGAGGCAGGAGGUGACCUUGUUUUGAUAAAGACCUCACUGUUUUUGUUUUGUAAAUCAAGUUGUUCUUAUGCUAA